CUUUUCUUCUCUUUAAAUGAAAUUGAAAAAAUCUAAAUAAAAUUGGCAUACUUAAAUGUAAAUUGCAUUCCAACAAGAAAAGCAUAUAAGCAGCCCAAGUGAUAUUGAAUCCAAAUGAGUAGAUUGGUAAUAAUAUUAAAACAAAGUAUGUGAGCGUGUGGGGGUGUCUCUAGGUGUCCCCCUCCCCCUUUAAGAAACCACUCAUAUGUUAUGUCCCAUUGAAGGGUGAGAGAGGGGGGAGAGGGUGAGGCGGUGUGAGGCAGUGUGAAAAGAGUGCAGACCAACGAGGGAGACAAAAGAGGCUGCGGUUGCAUUGAAUGUGCUGCCGCUGCCGCUGCCGUUGUUGUUGUUGUGUGUCCGUCCGUCCGCAAGCAACACAACCACUCUCCCCUCUUUAUUGCGACACAGACGCCGACCACACGUCGCUAAAACCGGAAGUUUGGACACUUUGUGCCGAACCGGAGGGAAGCUCUCCGUCCGCAACGAGAGGACCGAGCGUUCCUUGCUCCUCUCUGCCCCCCGGCCUCGAGCGUCGAGAGCUGGGCGGCGGUGCUCCGGGAGAGCCGCAGCCAGAACAAAGGAGGCGAGGAAUGAGCGAGCGGAGAGCAGCUUCCACCUUGACGUCGUUCCCCUCUUCCUCUUCUCUCACAGCGGGACAAAUGUAUCUCUAAAAAGAACCACAACUGAGACUCGUAUUCUUCGACCGAGCUUUUCCGGAGAGAAGGACAAGAACCGCACAGAGACGCACGUCGGCGGCUAGGAUGUUCCCUCAAAACCGACCACCGGCACCUCUACAGCCGCCCCCGGGGUCCUCGGCCUCCGUGGUGGCGGCCGCAGCGGCGGCCGCAGCAGCAUCGGGGACCCCCCAGUCGCUGAAGCUGACAUACCCAGAGACUUUGGACCGCAUCAAAGAGGAGUUUCAGUUCCUGCAGACCCAGUACCACAGUUUGAAGCUGGAAUGUGAGAAACUGGCCACAGAGAAGACAGAGAUCCAGAGACACUACGUUAUGUACUAUGAGAUGUCCUACGGCCUUAACAUCGAAAUGCACAAACAGACGGAGAUUGCCAAGCGGUUGAAUGUGAUCUGUGCUCAACUCAUCCCAUUCCUGUCACAGGAGCACCAACAACAAGUGGUCCAAGCCAUGGAGCGCGCCAAACAGGUGACCAUGGGGGAGUUAAAUGCUUCGAUAGGGGUACGUGGGCCCCCCCCUCUGCCUCAUAGCCAGCAGCUUCAAGCCCAGCACCUCUCCCAGCAUGCACAGGGUCUCCCGCUGGGCCCGCACCCGUCAGGACUCCCCCACCCGGGCCUGGCGCUGGGCGGGGGCUCGGGUCUGCUGGCCCUGUCCGGUGCUCUGGGGGCCCAGCUGGCCGCCAAGGAUGAGAGGGCUCACCUGGAGGCCGCCGCCGCCGCCGCCGCUGCUGCCGAGCAUCACAGAGACCGGGAAGCAGGACCAAGCUCGCUGUCCAACGGGGACAAAGGCCGGCCAGCCGACUACCUCAGCAAUGGCAAGAAGAGGAAAGCCGAGGAGAAGGAGUUCAUGACAGACUAUGGCAGCGAUGCAGAUAAAAGCGAUGAUAACUUGGUGGUGGACGAGGACCCGUCGUCCCCCCGCAGCGUCCAGUCCUACUCCUCCAGGGAGAAUGGUUUGGACAAGAUGGCGCCCUCCCGCAAGGAAGGCCCUCCGCAGGCCAGCCCCACCUCCCUGGCUUCAUCCAGCAGCGCUACCUCACCGUCCCGCGGCAAGGAGCCCAUGCAGAGGGAGAAGUCCAGCACCCCUGGUAUGAAGCCAGGGACCCCCCUGUCACAAGACUCCAACACCCCCGGACCCAGCGGACCACCUCAGUUCCGGCCCAUCCCUGGAAAGACUGGCGUGGACCCCCUAGCUCUCGGUCUGAGGAACCCCCUGGCCGUGCAGGGAGCGUAUCCCCCGGGUGCUUUUGGUCUGCCCCCACCCGGGGUCAACGGGGACCUGCCCGGGGCGGCGGGCUACGGCGCCGGCCUACACCUAGUUUCCCCUCAGAUGAAUGGAGCGGCGGCUGCGGCCGCAGCAGCAGCGGCGGCGGCGGCGGCCGCGGGCUAUGGACGCUCCCCGGUGGUGGGCUAUGAAUCCCCUCACCCGCACAUGAGGGUCCCCGGGCUGCCCGCCAGCCUGCAGUCAGCCGCCUCUGGUAAACCGGCGUACUCGUUCCACGUGAGCGCAGACGGGCAGAUGCAGCCGGUGCCCUUCCCCCCCGACGCCCUGCUGGGCCCGGGCAUCCCUCGCCACGCCCGGCAGAUCCACAGCCUGAGCCACGGCGAGGUGGUGUGCGCCGUCACCAUCAGCGCCUCCACCCGCCACGUCUACACGGGCGGCAAAGGCUGCGUCAAGGUGUGGGACAUCAGCCAGCCCGGCAGCAAGACUCCCAUGGCCCAGCUGGACUGUCUGAACAGGGACAACUACAUCCGCUCCUGCAAGCUGCUGUCUGACGGGCGGACCUUGAUCGUGGGCGGCGAGGCCAGCACGCUGUCCAUCUGGGAUUUAGCCACGCCCACGCCUCGCAUCAAGGCGGAGCUGACGUCGUCGGCCCCGGCCUGCUACGCUCUGGCCAUCUCGCCCGACAACAAGGUCUGCUUCUCCUGCUGCAGCGACGGCAACAUCGUGGUCUGGGACCUGCACAACCAGACCCUGGUCAGGCAGUUCCAGGGCCACACGGACGGAGCCAGCUGCAUCGACAUCUCCAAUGAUGGCACCAAGCUGUGGACGGGAGGACUGGACAACACGGUCCGCUGCUGGGACCUUCGAGAGGGGCGCCAGCUGCAGCAGCAUGACUUCACCUCACAGAUCUUCUCUCUGGGAUACUGUCCCACCGGCGAGUGGUUGGCUGUGGGAAUGGAGAGCAGCAACGUGGAAGUCCUGCACGUCUCCAAGCCUGACAAGUACCAGCUGCACCUUCACGAGAGCUGUGUUCUCUCUCUCAAGUUUGCAUACUGUGGUAAAUGGUUUGUAAGUACGGGCAAAGACAACCUGCUGAACGCAUGGCGGACACCUUACGGCUCCAGCAUAUUUCAGUCUAAGGAGUCGUCGUCGGUGCUGAGCUGCGACAUCUCGCCGGAUGACCAGUUCAUCGUGACGGGCUCAGGAGACAAGAAGGCCACGGUGUAUGAAGUCAUCUACUGAAGGGACCACUUUAAAAGUAGUGGGCGGGGCUCAGGCCCUCCCCGCCGCAUGAGUGACUGUACAGCGCGUCGUCGUCAUGGUGGCGGUUUUGGAAACAAGACGCUCAAGUCAACUACUUUGUUUUGUUUGUGAAAGAAUGAGGAGAAAGAGGAGCGUAACGCUGGUUAGUGGGUAGCUGUGCAACUGUGGGAUUCCUCCAAAGAUUGUUCUUUUGCUUUUUUUAACAAAAUAAAACCUCUGUAGUGGACAAGAAAUUAGCAAAAAAAAACAUAUUUUUUUAGUAUUUUUUAUUUGUUUUUCUGGACCGUAAGGAGGUGGGACGAGGACAGGAUCAAGCUGGAUCCGAGACUCUUGAUGGUCUUGGCUUGGGUCUCGACAAGGUCUGCUCUAUUCCAGCUGGACUUUUUUUGAGCUUCAGUCGAGCAGCAACAUGAUUGUAUCAUCUCCAUCACACUGAAGCGUUGACUUUGCUGGCUUUUUUUUUUUACUUUCCAAGAGCAAAGCUGGAACGGAAUGCGACGUAUUCCAGCAAGAAUCCUAUUGAUUUGCUGCUUUCUUGUUUUUCUAUCGUCUUUGUUAGACCACGUGGGCGCACUGCUUUCACAAGCGCUUUGUCAGCUUUGCUUCUACAGUACAUGGAUGUGUAAAUAAAAUUCUCUAAAGGCA